CCCCCACCCUCCCCCAGGCUAUUGGCGCUGUCUUGCACGAAGAACGUAUCGUUCCUUCGACUAUGUAACAGAUAGGCGCAACAGCAUGAGAGUCGGCCCACUACCAGCCCACUAUCAGCCCCUCGGGUUUUGGGUGCAACCCUUUCUCAGCUGCUUCACGAUGAAGCUUGCAACAUGUUUCUAGAAAUAACUAAUUCCUUCCAUAGUAUAUUCCUGAUGUCCGAACCAAACACUGAUCUUUACCUACAGUCGACCCAGUUCCCUCUUCCGGCAUCGACUUCCAGUUUCUCAGCAGGAUAUUUUCGACCCUCAUCCGCAGAGUGCUGCUUCGAUUGGAGCUGCUCCGCGCUGUCGGCGUCUUCGGCCACUCACUGCUCAAUUUCCCCGGUGAAACAGAUGGAAGCUUGUUUAUUGAGCGCAGGCAAUGAUCGGCUGAGUCUGUCCGACACUUACCGCACGACCACAGCAUCCUCUGGUCUCCCCGACGAGUUCAGGAGCCCUCCGUAUCGAGAUCUUCAGCCGCUCUCAUCUAACGACAGCGGCGAAAUACAAGAGAAAAAGCCCGUGCAUCCGAAGCUAGUGAAUGUUAGUGGGAUCUUGGAGAUUAAAUCCUUGUGGGACGAAUUUCACGAACUGGGAACAGAAAUGAUUGUUACAAAAGCAGGAAGACGGAUGUUUCCAACAUUUCAAGUCAAGCUUUAUGGUAUGGAUCCACUGGGGGACUAUAUGUUGAUGAUGGAUUUUGUUCCUAUAGACGACAAGAGAUACAGAUACGCCUUUCAUAGUUCAAGUUGGGUCGUGGCUGGUAAAGCUGACCCUGUGAUGCCUCCAAGAAUUCAUGUCCACCCCGAUUCUCCGGCCAAGGGUAGUCAAUGGAUGAAACAGGUCGUGUCCUUUGACAAACUGAAACUGACCAAUAAUCAGCUGGAUGCCAAUGGCCAUAUUAUCCUCAAUUCAAUGCAUAGGUAUCAACCUAGGUUCCACGUGGUCUACCUCAAUCCUAAAGGAGAAGAUGCAUCUCAAACAGAAAACUUUAAAACUUUCAUCUUUCCAGAAACCAAGUUCACAGCUGUUACCGCCUAUCAAAAUCAUAGGAUCACCCAGCUGAAAAUAGCCAGUAAUCCUUUCGCUAAGGGAUUUCGAGACUGUGAUCCAGAGGACUGGAAUGUCCCAUCAACUGUAAUGGAGAUGCUGUCCCAUUUGCCACAAGGCCAAAGGUCGCGGACACAACAUCGGCCGCUUGGUUUGACCACUUCUCUCAGUAGAACAGGGAAGGAUGAUGAUAUGGAAUUACUCUCUGGGGGAUCCUCACUAUUUUCUCGUGUUAUUAGUUCCAACCACACUGUGUCGGGAGGAUUAUCCGUUUCCCCACUAACACGAGCAGAUCAGCAGCCAAGUCCAGGGGUUCAACCGUAUCCGGGCAACAUGUGUAGUUACGAGCCUUCCUAUGACAAUUACAUGUAUCAGAUAAAAACAAGAAGCUGUCCUUACACGCGUCCACCAGCAGUGCAUAUUCCUGGCUACUCUUCGACACAAAGUUACAGCGCCCUCUACCAUUCUAGACCAAGACAAAGUAAUUAUGACUUCGCAUCUAGUUGAAUUUCAUGAGCCAGAUAGUGGGUUGAGACUCGUAAAGACAAUGAAACCGUGAUAUUCGCUUGAAAGAAACAGUAAACGCUUAACCCUUGUCGUUUGUAAAUAUCGAGUCAAUUUCCUAGUUAAAUAUUUAGUAAGUUGGCUUCGCUAGAGUAUCUUUCGUUUGUAUUAAUAAUAAAUACAAUCUUUUAUCGAGAUUUUGUUUUUCUUGAAAGGUUUGAUGUUUCUCACUCCCUUGCUGUUACAAAGAAAGUUUCAUCGAGAGAUUUCUCUGCUGCUUAGAUUUGUUCCAUGUUUAAUUUUUAGUCAUUGAGUUUAAUCAUUAAAUACAUUAUAUAU